CGGGCACUCAUUACAUGGCCGCCUCUAUCAGCUGGUCCCCAGGGAAACAACAGUAGUUGAAAUUAUUCCUGAUUCAUUGCAAGAGGAUGACAUAAGAAACAAUGGCUGGUAGUUUCCUGAAGGGACAGCUUGUCAACAACUCCGAAAGCACCUUGAAACGUCUGUGGUCUCUCUAUCGCAACUCAACACUCAGCGAUGUGCAGCUGGUUGUGGGUGGGGCGGUCUUCUCCGCCCACAAGCUUAUCCUCAGUAUGUGCAGUGAUGUAUUCAAGACCAUGUUGACAGAUUUCAAAUGGCCUGAAGCAUUCAAAGAGCAGAUUACUCUCACUGAAGAACCCGAGUGUGUGGACGUGUUUGAGGACUUCCUGGAAUACAUGUACACUGGGCACAUCCACCUCAGUAACCAUACAGUGCUGCCUGUGAUUACACUAGCAGACAAGUAUAAUGUCAAGGAUCUCUCCGAAACCUGCGUCUCCUACAUGUGUGAUAACCUUGAUGCUGUGGGCGAUAAUCUACAAGUAGUCUCGUGGCUACAGUAUGCUCGAUUAUGCAACUACCGAACACUAGAGGCAAAAUGUGCUCAGUACACUGAAUGGAACUUCCAGAAAGUUGUUCAAGGUAGAGACUUUCUGUCAAUGAAUGGGUCCACCUUGUUUGAAUUUCUAUCCAGUUCUGAAUUGGUCGUUCACAGUGAAUAUAGUCUCUUCCUUCACCUCAAACGAUGGUUGCUAAGCAAUCAAGCUCAUUGCCGAAAGUGUCCGCGUGCACGCAGGGUUAUGGUAGAAAAAAUGGCUGGGUGUGUACGUUUCAAUAUGAUGACGUCUGCCCAAUUGGAGCUUUUGUGUCAGGAUAAUUUCAUCCAUGAAUAUGCAGACAUCUUUGAAGAAGGCCUGAUGCAGGCAUUUCAGUACCAUUCCAUCACAGCAGUAGAAUACUUCACUAAACUCGACGAAAAAGACGGAGGCAUGUCCAGCGCUUCACCAGAUAGUAACUCAUCAGAUCCUGAGAAAGUCGUUACCUCAUGUCAACCAUCCAGUAGACCUAGAAACUACACAUGUGAAGACUGGAGCUGUCAGUUCACUCUAGAAAACUUCUCCUGCCUGGACGAUUUCACAACCAGAACAUUUUUCUUCUCCACGCCUGUGAGUAGCUCAGCUGCAGAUGACCAUGCAUGCUGGGACUGGCAAGUGGAUCUUUAUCCCAAGGGCGUCCGCUUCCCCAAGGCUAUCAUGAUCGGCAUCUUGGAGAACUAUGAAAUUGACCAGCACGAGCAUCACAUCACGAGGCUGGGCGUCAUGGCCAAGUCCGUCCACGGUGAGAUCCGCAAUGUCGAAGUGUCAAUCCUAGCCCUGGCUUCGGGCAUCAAUGGCUCCGAAUACAUCCGAAAUGUUGUGAAGAAACAAUGUAUUUUCGACUUUGAUGGCUGUCUUCAUAAUCUAGAUGAUAUUGUUCCAUUUGAUGAACUGAUGGCAGCAGGAUCGGUGUAUCUCACAGAAGAGGACCGUAACACUUUCAAAAUCCUCAUCAUCAUCAAGCCAGUUAGAUGAUGUCCAUCAACAGCAUCUGCCAAUGUUUGCCAUAAUAAGCUCCAGGUGCUUUUCUUAUGUGCGGUGUGAAUUUAUUCACAUGUCUUAUCCCUGUUAUCAGCAUGACUCAGUGUUUUAUUUUGUUAUCGCUAGGGUAGAUAUACCUAAUGUUUACAAUAAUAUUUCAUGGCAGUGUUGUUAAUGACGGGGUUCCAGCAUUUCUUGAAUGUUGGUCAUCAUGAUCCAUCCACACUCUAUUCCUACAUGUCAUGAUAUGUCUCAUCUGUAACCAUGGUAACACCUGAAACUAAUGCAAAUAAUAAACCACAUGAUAUUCAGUGACCAUAAUGACCAUGUUAGUAUUUUUAUUUUGAUAAUUAUUAUUAACAUAUGACAGACUGUGAGAGAAGCGUACUUGAGUUGAAUUUGGAAGGUAAAAAGCUACAAACUUAUGAGAUCUGUUCUCAGGCAAAUAUUCCCUGUUUUAAUGAUUUUGAGAAAAAAGAGCAAGAUGAAUCUUUUUUGUGUGAAAAAUGUGUUGCUGAGAUGUAAGAAUUUACAGUUUUUGUCUCGGAAAAGAAAUUAACUGUUUAUGGCAUGAGUAUUUCCAUAACCCUGUAACCAUGGUAACGUGUGGGCAUAGUAGAAUUGUCUAGAAGUAAGACUUUAUGUUCUUCGAAUUAUUUAGCAGUACAACACCUGUCAUUCAAUUAACAUGAUUACCAAAGAUUAAUACUAAUUCAUUUGUACAGCUUGGAUUUGUUGAACAAUGAUAACAAUCAUAAGAAUUCACAUGAUUCAGAUAUUUUGUUAAACCAUGCUAUUUUAAAAAUCUUUGAUAGGCAUUUAGAAGUUGGAAGACCAUGAAUACAUGACAUUUUUGGGGAAGUUAUCCAUAAAAAAGUAUCAUGUAUUCAUGCUAUUUUUGUGCUUAAGGAGGGCAACUUUUUGUUAGAUUCCACAAAGGAAUAAAAUGUUUUGUAUGAAGGAGGUUGCUUUUAAUUGGAACAAAAUAGAAUAUCAGUUUUAUCUGGGUAUGAUGGGCCAGAUUAUUUUUGUUAGAAAACAAUCAAGAAAUAAUAUGUCAGUAACUUAGCCUUGUUAGCUUGCUUUGUUAUUAUUGAUAUGUAUUUUAUAUUGAUAAUGCCUCAUAGAAAUGGUAUUAACAAGUUGUGAACUUGAUGAUGUGAGGCUACCAGAGGUUUAACAAUAUGGUUGGAUCGCGAAAUGAUAUGUAUCCCGAUACUAUAGGUGCGAUUAUGAUUCGUACCCCUAUAGGGCCAAUAAUACAGUACCUUUUUCAUAAGUUGAUAUUCUUUCUUUUUUCAGAUAAAUCACAACCCUGAAUCAUUUGUUUUUAAAUUUCUUAAAUCGAAGAUAGUAUAUUGUAGGCCAGAAACAUUAGGCUAGAGGACACUGUGGAUGUUAUGCUAUUUAUAGCCAACCGGGAAAUACUAUAGCAUGAUAGACUCUGUGUAAUCUGUUAUAUUUCAUGUUUUUACACCAAUAUAACUUGUAACGUUGCAUGAUGUAAUGUAUUGUAUUUAUUGUAUGUAUUGUGAUAUGGGGGUUGUAUAUCAAAGUAUUAUAACAUGGGCCUUGUAUCGGGAUACAAUAUUGUAUCGCCAUAUUGUUACACCAAUAGAAGACAUUUUAAAAUUGUAGAUAACACAUUAACAUCAAUAACACAUUUGAAGCAGAGUAAAUGUGACGUUAGUCUGUCGUACAGACCCUGAAACAAGUAUAUCCAAUACAGCCCAUGCAAGUCUAUAAUAUUUGGCAAGUGAAGAUUACUCUGAAAUGAAGAGAAUCUUUGGACUCCUUUUUAAUAUGUUUCAUAACUAUAGUUUACAACUCUUUUCAUCUGUAGAGUGUGUUCAUUUCAGAGACUAGAUGUUAAUCUAAUGUUACCAAUGAAUAUUAAGAUAAUUUACCAUAUUCAACGAAAUAAGCGCCCUACUCUAAAAAGCGCCCACAGCGAUAUUUGCUAAUAUAUUGGUUAGUGAACAAUCUCAAUUAGCACACCUUCCCAUUGAUCAGUGUGCACAAGACUUAUUUAUUCGUGUAUAAUACGCACUUGUGUGUUAUAAGCACCCUUAAUUAUGGGCAAUUAAAUUAUGGAAAAUAUAUCUGUCAUGUAUAAUACACACAGACUUUUCUUUUGUAUUAUUUCAGGCUGUUGGCAUAAACCACGAAAUUUACGAUCUUUCAACUCUGUUUAUUUUUCUCACCAAAACUAUAUUCUACUAAGAGCCCCCUAUUUCUAAUUCUGAGAGCGCCCUGGGCGCUUAUUGCGUUGAAUACGGUAUUCUAAUCAUGAUGAUCAUGUUUCAGCCAACACAUAAAUUGCCAUGAUUCCUAUGCAAAUCACAUCACUUAGAAGUUUGAGAUGCUAUGAAAUUUAAUAAUUAAUGGUAUCGUGAAAUUGUAGCAGGGCGUGGAGUCGUCCCACAGAUGACAUCCUUACCUUGUCAGCUUGCUGACGGGGUUAACCUCUUUGGUCAUGUGGACAAGGCGUCCGACCUCUGCUCGGAAGGUCCUAGGUUUGAACCCUAUCACGAGACUUGGAAAUUUUAUGGCCGCUACAAAAUGAAACCGUACAGUUUGUGUAAAUUAUGACUCCUUCCUCUCUACCACCACCCUACCCCACCCCCAUGUGAAAAAUGCAAAGGCAAGAUACUGAUAAGGCUUCCGUUCUAACUUAAACUGUUUAAUGCCUAAAAUAAACAUUGAAACAGACAUAUGGCAUUGCAGGGUUUUUGAAAAGAAAAAAGCUUAAUGACCUGACUACCCUAUUUUGAAAUUAGUGUAUUGUUUUUAUUUGGACUAAAGAUCGAGAAAACUCCAUGGUCAAGUGUUCUUUAGAUACCCAUGUCUUAUAUGGCCCCUCUUGAUGCACUGUAACGCAGAAUCAAUGUGAAACAGUAGUACAGUCAAGUCCCGUUAAUCCGGCAUGGUUGGUUGCAUACGAUUAUGUCGGUAUAACAAGUAUGUAGGAUAAACGAAAUUAAGUAGUAUCAAAGUUUGUGACUGAAAA